AUGGCAGAAAGGGCGCCGACUCCUCCGGGAGCCGCGUCCGGUCCCGGGACUGAGCGCGGCUGUGUUCUGUUUCAGCACCAGAAGGCGUACAGCACGGUCGAGUACGAGCACAGGCUGCAGACCUUCGCCAGCAACCGGAGGAAGAUCGAGGCCCACAACGCCAAGAACCGCACGUUUAAAAUGGGGAUAAACCCGUUCUCAGACAUGACCUUCGCGGAAUUCAAGCACAAGUACCUGUGGUCAGAGCCUCAGGUGGGUGCCGUGCGUAUGACCGACCCUGACUCCUUUCGCUCCGACCUUGGGAAUAACCGCACGGGUUAUGCCCCCCAUGGGCCCCCACCGCUCCCACCUAGCGCCCCAUGGGCCCCCUCAGCGUGGCCAAUGCAGGCCCAUCUCCUGCCGCUGGACUCCGCAGCUCGGAGUGGGGCGGGGAGGGGACCCCUGUCCACCUGUCCGUCCGCCCCCGUCCGCCCACAGAACGACGAGGAGGCCAUGGUGGAGGCGGUGGCCCUGUACAACCCCGUGAGCUUUGCCUUCGAGGUGACCAGCGACUUCAUGCAGUACCGGAAGGGCAUCUACUCCAGCACUUCCUGCCACAAAACCCCGGACAAGGUGAACCACGCGGUGCUGGCCGUGGGGUACGGAGAGGAGAACGGGACGCCCUACUGGAUCGUCAAGAAUUCCUGGGGCCCCCAGUGGGGCAUGAACGGGUAGGCGGGUGGUCCC